AAUAGAAAUCCAGAGUGAAAGAAAGUACACGCCCCGUCGUGACGUCUCCGUCCUCAGCGCGGGAGAAAGAGCUGCUGUUUUGAAGAUUCGCGAGCGAAUAAAGUGACGGCUUCUGUUUCUGAUUGGACGAGGUUAAAGAUGCCGUGUGAGAGAAAGCCGAUUCGCUAUGGUCACUCGGAGGGACACACCGACGUCUGCUUCCACGAAGACGGAAAGUAUAUCGUUACCUGUGGGAGUGACGGUGAUGUUCGUAUUUGGGAGAGUUUAGAUGAUGAUGAUCCUAAAUCUGUUAAUGUUGGAGAGAAGGCGUACUCUGUAGCUCUGCAGAAUGAUAAGCUGGUAACAGCAGUAUCUAAUAACACGGUUCAGAUUCACACGUUUCCUGAUGGAGAUCCGGACGGGAUUCUGACCCGCUUCACCACCAACGCCAACCACGUCACCUUCAACUCCAGCGGCACCAGAGUCGCUGCAGGAUCCAGUGACUUCAUGGUGAAGGUGGUUGACGUGGCGGACAGCAGUAAACAGAAGACUCUCCGUGGUCACGACGCCCCUGUACUCAGCGUGGCCUUUGAUCCCACUGAUGAGUUCCUUGCUUCUUCCAGCUGUGACGGUUCAGUAGCUGUGUGGUCUAUAGAAGAUCAGACUCAGGUGGUGAACUGGGCGGUGCUGCAGAAGUCAAGUGAUGUCAGUAACGCUAAAUCUCUGUGCAGACUGGCCUGGCAGCCACAGUCGGGAAAGCUGCUGGCGGUUCCAGUGGACACGACUGUCCAGCUGUAUGAGAGGAACUCUUGGACUCAUGUUGGGACGCUCUGUGACGAUCUUAUAACUCAGCAGGUCAUUAACGUGGUGGUUUGGUCUCCGUGUGGGAAGUUUCUGGCAGCGGGGACGGUGGGCGGAGCUCUCGCCGUGUGGGAUGUUGACGCGAAGCUGUGCGUUGAGAGACAGAAGCAUGAGCGGGGGUACACUGUGUGUGGUAUGGCCUGGCACCCGUCCGGAGGGCAGAUUGCUUACACAGACACCGAGGGCUGCCUGGGUCUGCUGGAUGGAGUUUGUGCUUCUUCCUCAUCCUCCUCAUCCUCUGCUACAGCUAAAAACACCAAGUCCACUUCGAGCAAAGAGCCCAAGGACUAUGAUGAUCUGUUUGAUGAGGAUGAUGGUGAUGGGCUGCUGGAUCAGUGUGUGAGCGACUCCGGCUCUCCAGUUAAAAAGGCUGUGGAGGAUGAUGAAGACGAUGAUGACCUCAUGCCAGCUACCGGAAAACCCCGCAACAGGAGCUUCCUUGAUGAUGACGAUGAUAAUUCUCAAGAUGCAGGAUCAGUGAAAGUGGGUAAGUCAGCUGAGGAUGAUGGAGACAGUGCUAUAGUUCCUGCUGUGGCGCCAGUGGUGUCCCGACCCGUCUAUGAGGGGCCGAUGCCCACCCCGCCCCAGAAACCCUUUCAGCCUGGAUCUACCCCAGCCCACCUCAUGCAUCGCUUUAUGAUGUGGAACUCUGUGGGUAUCGUGCGCUGCUAUAAUGAUGAGCAGGAUAACGCCAUUGACGUGGAGUUUCACGACACUGCUGUUCAUCACGCCAUGCAUCUCACCAACUCACUGGACCACUGCAUCGCCGAUCUGUCCCAGGAGGCCGUUCUGCUGGCCUGUGAAGCUACAGAAGAACUGGCCAGUAAGCUGCAGUGUCUGCACUUCUCCUCGUGGGACAGUAAUAAGGAGUGGAUGGUGGAUCUUCCUAAAGGGGAGGAGGUGCGGGCGCUGUGUUUGGGGCGUGGCUGGGCGGCGGUGGGCACCAGCGCUCUUCUGCUGCGCUUCUUCUCUAUCGGAGGGGUUCAGCGGGAGAUCUUCAGUCUGCCUGGACCCGUCGUCUGCCUGGCGGGACACGGAGAACAGCUCCUCAUAGUGUAUCACAGAGGUACAGGUUUUAAUGGCGAUCAGUCUCUCGGGGUUCAGCUGCUGCAGCUCGGCGGUAGGAAGCGUCAGGUGAUCGGGGGAGAGCCGCUGCCGCUCUCCCGUAAAUCCUACCUGUCCUGGGUGGGCUUCAGCGCUGAGGGGACGCCGUGCUCCGUGGACUCGGACGGCGUGGUGAGGAUGCUGAACCGCUCCAUGGGGAACACGUGGACCCCCAUCUGCAACACCAGGGACAACUGUAAGAGCAAGUCCGAUCAUUACUGGGUGGUAGGCAUCCACGAGAAUCCACAGCAGCUCAGAUGUAUCCCCUGUAAAGGUUCUCGCUUUCCUCCGACUCUUCCUCGUCCUGCUGUGUCCAUCCUGCCCUUCUCACUGCCCUUCUGUCAGACCAGCACAGAGAAGGGUCAGAUGGAGGAGCAGUACUGGCGCUCGGUGCUUUUCCACAACCACUUCAGCUUCCUGUCGUCCAGCGGUUACGAGGUUAACGAGGAGAAUCAGCGGCAGCAGGAGAAGGAGCAGCAGGAAGCCCUGAUGAAGAUGUUCGCUUUGUCGUGUAAGCUGGAGCGUGAGUUCCGCUGUGUGGAGCUGGCGGAGAUGAUGACCCAGAGCGUGGUCACGUUGGCCAUCCGCUACGCCUCACGGUCCAGACGCAUGAUUCUCGCUCAGAAGCUCAACGAACUGGCUCUGGAGAAAGCCAGUCAGCUUCAAGAGGAAGAGGAGGAGCCUGAGGAGGAGCCGGCCUAUCACAGCACAGCACAAAGCGCAAGGCAUCACCAGGCCAGCAGAGCGUCUAGACUCUCCAGCAGCAGAUCAGCAGUGCAGGAGAACGGUGAGGAAGAGGAGGAGGAGGAGGAAGCUGUACAGGAGGAGCCAAUGGAAGCAGAGGAGGAAAGCAGGAAGCCACGUUUGAACCCUUUCAGUAAAAGUUCUAAGGGAUCACCUGAGAAACCGUCCCCAAAACCAGUGAGCAAAGAAGGCAGAGUGAACCCUUUUAAGGUUGCCGGAGGAGGGAAGUCGUCUGGAUCUCCUGCAGGUCAGAACAGAACAGCCAACGUUCUGGACACCAUGACCACGACCAGCAGGAAACCCUCAGCACUGACCGGCUCCUCCAAACAGCAGAGCAAAGCUCCAGUACUGAAACCCCUCGCCCCCAAACCCAGGAGCAAGACUCAGGCUACCCUGCUGCAGAUGAGUGGCAGUAAAGGAGGGAGUAAGAAGCUGGAAGAGAAAGAAAAGGAAAGAGAACCGGAAAAACAGGCGGUACAGACCCCACCAGCUCCAGCAGCAGAAAACACGGAGAACGUGAGGCCGAAGACCGGAUUCCAGCUGUGGUUGGAGGAGAACAGGAAGAUCAUUCUGGCUGACAGUCCUGAUCUGGAGGAGACUGAGAUCAUUAAAGAGGCCAUGGGUCGAUUCCGCUCGCUGUCUGCCGACGACAGACUGAAAUGGACGGAGCGAGCGAAGGGCGGGUCGGCGGAGACAGCGGAUCUGAAGAAGAGGAAGCGUGAGGAGGAAGAGGAGGAGGGUAAAGAGGCGGAUGGAGGGAUGGAGGUGGAGGAGAGCAGCAGCAGCGCUAAGAAGAAGAAGCCGCUGGACACUUCGGCCAGACUGUCCGCAUUCGCCUUCAACAAGAAUUAAACUGGUUCUGAUCGGGUUUCUUUGUUUGGUUGGGUUUUAUCUGGUUUUAAUGUUUCGGCAGGUUCUUUAGAUUGAGAUUGUUCAGGGUUUGAGGGAGCUGGUUGCUCUGGUUUGGUGUGUGUGAUGAUUCUUCACUGAGAUAAUUGAGAGAUAAGUGCUCGGUGUGUGUAUGUAGCUCUUGGAAAACCGAUGCUGUGUGUGUGUUACCUAUAUUCUCUCAGUCUGACUCGAUUUUAUAUGUAUUUUUUGUUAGAAAUGUUUUGUUCUGUCGUUUUUGUAUUUAUGUAUGUGAACUCUGUACUCUGUGUAAACUAAAAACAAAUAAAAAUACAUUUUUAAAUUUAAAAAA